AUGGCAAUAUUUGAAAGUAAUAGUAUUCGUGUGGCAGAAAAAAAUAAAUUGUAUAGGCAAGGAAAUAUUUCAUAUUUGACAAAGUUAAACGAUCUCGCCGAUUUGACUGAUGAGGAAUACUUGAGAAUGAGUGGUAUGAAAAUACUUAAUCAUGUUGAACAUCCACGGAAUAGAAGCACCCGACAAGCUUAUCCAUACUAUUAUCAGUAUAACCGAUAUGAUCAAUUACCAAAUUAUGUUGAUUGGCGGAGGCAUAAUAUUGUUACAUCAGUUAAAAAUCAAGGGGAUUGUGGUAGCUGCUAUGCAUUUGCUGCUUUGGGAGCACUAGAAUCAUAUCAUAGGCUUAAAACAGGAAGAUUAAUUGAUUUAUCUCCUCAAAAUAUUAUUGAUUGUACGAAUUAUCUCGGGAACAAAGGUUGCAGAGGUGGUUUCACGGCUACGAUAUUUACAUAUGCAAGAACAUAUGGAGUUUUAUCAAAUGGUAAUUAUCCGUAUGAAUACUAUACACAGAAUUAUUGCCGUUGGAGACGGAACAGCGUUGAGGCAACUGACGAGGGAUUCUAUCAAGUUAACUAUGGUGACGAGUUAGCUUUGAAGCACGCUGUAGCCAAAACAGGACCUGUUGUUGCUGCUAUUGCAGCGAGCAGGUGGAGUUUCAGAUUCUACCGCUCAGAGGCACUGUACAGUUCUUCAGGAAUUUAUGCCGAUCGCUACUGUGGUUAUCCAAAUCACGCAGUACUGGUCGUUGGUUACGGUACUGAUCGCAGAUACGGUGAUUACUGGAUUAUCAAAAACAGUUGGGGAACUAGAUGGGGAAUGAAUGGAUAUGCCUUUAUAGCACGAAACAGAAACAAUAUGUGUCAUAUUGCUUCAUUUUCAAUGCUUCCAAGAUAA